AUGGGAAACAACUGUGUUGGUUCGGGAACCUCGCAAUCAAAGGAUUUGUCAUCACCCUCAGCUCUUCCAAGUCCUUCUUGCUGGCCGCGUGGUGGAAGGAAGAAAGAUACAUCUGAUGCACACAAAACCAGUCCAACAAAAGCUAUAGAAACUGUUCAAAACAAGGCACCACAGGUAGUGAAGAUUGAGAAUGAGGAUGUAAAGCCAUCGCAGCAACAAAAGCCGCAAACGAAUGAAGGUGGUGUUGCUACACCUGCAAAACAAAAGAGACCUCAAAAUGUGAAGAGACUAGCAAGUGCAGGACUCAAAGCAGAUUCAGUUUUGCAGCGAAAAACGGUUAGUCUUAAGGAGUUUUAUAAUUUGGGAAAAAAGCUUGGACAAGGGCAAUUCGGAACAACGUUUCUUUGUGUGGAGAAGGCAACUGGGAAAGAGUAUGCGUGUAAAUCUAUCUUGAAGAGGAAGUUGUUGACAGAUGAGGAUGUGGAAGAUGUGAGGAGAGAGAUUCAGAUUAUGCAUCACUUGGCUGGGAGUCCAAGCAUAGUUUCGAUUAAAGAAGCUUCUGAAGAUGCUGUUGCUGUUCAUGUUGUUAUGGAGUUGUGUUCGGGUGGUGAGCUUUUCGAUAGGAUUGUGGAAAGAGGGCAUUAUACGGAGAGAAAAGCCGCUAAACUUGCAAGGACUAUUGUUGGUGUUAUUCAGUCAUGUCAUUCUCUCGGAGUAAUGCAUCGUGAUCUUAAGCCGGAGAAUUUUCUUUUUGUUAAUCAGCAAGAAGAUUCUCCUCUUAAGGCAAUAGAUUUUGGACUAUCUGCAUUUUUUAAACCAGGUGACAUUUUCAAUGAUGUAGUAGGUAGUCCAUAUUAUGUUGCACCUGAAGUUUUACGCAAGCGAUAUGGCCCAGAAGCAGAUGUUUGGAGCGCCGGUGUGAUCUUGUACAUUCUCUUAUGUGGGGUGCCUCCAUUUUGGGGUGAAUCGGAGCAGGAGAUAUUUGAGGCCAUUUUGCAUAGUGAUCUUGAUUUCGCAUCAGAUCCAUGGCCUGGUAUAUCUGAAAGUGCAAAAGACUUGGUUAAGAAGAUGCUUGUUAGAGAUCCUAGUAAACGGUUAUCAGCUUUUGACGUUCUUCGUCACCCCUGGAUUCAGAAAAUGGCUCUUAGAGUUAUUGCAGAGAAUCUCUCAGAAGAAGAAAUUGCUGGUUUGAAAGAAAUGUUUAAGAUGAUCGAUACGGACAAUAGUGGUUACAUUACAUUUGAAGAACUCAAAGUUGGACUGAAAAAAUUUGGUGCCAAUCUCAAUGAAUCUGAAAUUUACGAUCUAAUGCAAUCUGCAGAUGUUGAUAAUAGUGGUACAAUUGACUAUGGAGAAUUCAUAGCUGCAACAUUGCAUUUAAACAAAGUUGAUAGGGAAGAUCAUUUAGUUGCCGCAUUCUCAUAUUUCGAUAAAGAUGGAAGCGGAUACAUCACUAGAGAUGAGCUUCAAAAAGCUUGUGAAGAAUUUGGCCUAGGCGACGUUGGCUUGGAGGAAAUGAUCCGAGAAGCUGACCAGAAUAAUGAUGGACGAAUAGACUACAAUGAAUUUGUGGCUAUGAUGCAGAGAGGGAAUGCAGAAAUCGGUAAGAGGGGUCGAAAGGGUAGCCGUAGUUUAAGCAUUGCAUUUAGGGAGGCACUACCAGUAUGCUAA